UUCCGGGGCUAGAGUCAGUACACUCAGCGCAUUUCCCUAGGCGAAGUUCCCUCUUCCUCUUCCCCUGAGGCAAUUCAUAUAACUCUGAAUCAACAACCUCAAAAUCGUCUUUUUACUGCUUAAAAAACUCUUGGUUGCGUGAAGUUUAUAUCUCGGUGCUUCAUAGACCCGAAAACCCCGGCUUCUGUACCCCGAAUCGGAAGCCUACCGACGUUCUCUAUCCUCUCGGCCUUCUUCCGUUGCAGCAGGCAGGCACAUUUGCUUGCGGCACCGCAAAAAGAACACACCUUUCAGAAGGCCUCAGGCAGUCAACCUGGCGCCCCUUCAGCGGUUGUCGUCAGUGGUAGUGGGGGUAGGCGCAGCAGCCAGUCGUAGCCUGUUAAGAUCGGCACUUGCAAUGGAGGGGAGAAAGGUGCCCCGCGCUCCGGAGCUGUCCGCCGAGAGCCCCUCUUCUUCUUCGGCGGGCUUCAAGACGUAUUCGGCCGCUGGAACUGGAUCUGCGUCGGCCGAUAGGAUCUCCCUCGUCUCAGGUCAUUUGUCGUCUUCUUCUUAUACCGCGGCUUCUCCUGCUCAAGCUUCAGUUUCUUCUCAAGCUCGUCGCCUUUCAACAUCCACAGCCACCAUGUCUUCUCAACCUGAACACGCUACUCUCCUCAUCCCCGGACCCAUUGAGUUCGAUGAUGAGGUCCUCAAGUCCAUGGGCCACUACAGUGAGAGCCACGUCGGCCCCGGCUUCGUCAACACCUUCGGCGAGACCCUCACCCUGACCCGCAAGUUGUUCCAAUCGACCGACCCCUCCGCCCAGCCCUACGUUAUCUCCGGUUCCGGUACCUUGGGAUGGGAUAUUGUUGCUGCCAACCUUGUCGAGGCUGGUGAGAACGCCCUCGUUCUCAGCACUGGAUACUUCGGUGAUGGCUUCGCCGACUGCCUGCGCGCCUACGGUGCCAACGUUACCAAGCUCGACGGUGAAGUUGGCGGCCGACCUCAGCUCCCCGAGAUCGAGAAGGCCCUUUCCGAGAAGAAGUACAAGAUCCUCACAGUCACACAUGUCGACACAUCGACUGGUGUCCUGAGUGAGCUUAAGAACUUGGCCGCUACUGUCCGCCGUGUCUCCCCCGAGACUCUUGUUAUCGUCGAUGGCGUCUGCAGUGUGGCCUGUGAGGAGAUCGCUUUCGAUGAGUGGGGUCUGGAUGGUGUUGUUACUGCCAGUCAGAAGGCCAUUGGUGUUCCCGCUGGUCUCUCCAUCUCAUUCUUCAGCGGCCGAGCUGUCGCCGCUGCUCUUGAGAACCGCAAGACUCCUAUUCCCGCUUACUUCGCCUCUCUGAAGAACUGGACACCCAUCAUGAAGAACUACGAGGCCAAGAAGCCCUCUUACUUCGCUACUCCUUCUCCUCAGCUCAUCCACGCCCUCCACACUGGCCUUACUCAGAUCUUCACUAAGCCCCUAUCCGAGCGAUUCCAGGGCCACAUCGAGGUUUCCAACAAGGUCAAGAAGGCUGUUACCGAUCUUGGCCUGAAGGUCGUUGCUACUAAGCCCGAGGACCAGGCUCACGCCAUGACUGCUAUUUACCUUCCCGAUGGCAUUGGCGCUGCUGAUGUUCUGCCCAAGCUGGCUGCUAAGGGUGUUGUCUUUGCUGGUGGUAUUCACAAGGCCAUUGCCCCCAAGUAUAUUCGAUUCGGCCACAUGGGAGUCAGCGCUGUAAGGGUACCCGAUCCUGUUCACUCGAGAUGAUCCGCUAACGUAGUUUCAAUAGCUUGACCCCAGCCGAAACCACAUCGAGAAGGCUCUUAGUGCUCUUAAGGAUAGCUUGGUCGAGGCUGGUUACAAGGCUUAAAAAGAUAAUGAACGAAUAUCAACAUCGCUUGAGUACGGUCAAAAGACGGCACACUGCCAGUUCUUCGCCGUUCAUGCAAAAAAAGUUAAAUAAUGAAACUAUGGCUGGCCAUGUAUGGAUAUUUGGAUACAGACGGAGCCAACUAUAGAGGGUUGGCCAGUAUUGUCUUUUGUCGAUAGAGCGAGCCUUGAAAAAAUAUGAUACUUUGAUGACCGACGUGUUUAGCCAUG